ACCUCCUCCAGCGCCCCACCCGCCAGAGGCCCGAUCGUCCCACACUCCCACCACGCGACAGGAACACAAAAACCCUAGCACAAGCCCACACGACGCCACCCGGCCCCGGACGGCCGGCCCCCCCGUCCCACGUUCCCACCGGGCUCCGAGCACAAAACCCUAACCUUCUCGCUAUUAAAGUCGGCGUCCAGUCCGUCGGCUGCUGCUACGCCACCGAAUCCGCAUCUCCUCGCCGGUCGCGCACGGGCAAAGCAGCGAUGGCAGCAGCGACGGCAGUUGGCGGACACGACAGGGUGGAGGCUGCGGCGUCGUCCGCGGGGGCUGUGCUGGCCGUCGCCGUUGCCUCGCAGAGGUUGAUAGGCCUGCUCGCUCUUGCGGUUCAAACUGUAAAUUGUGUAGCAGAAAUAUAUAAUGAAGACCAGCAGGAAAUAUACAAGUUAUUAUAUGGAAGAAUCAAAUCUGAAAAUGUCCCUGAAAUUAAGGCUGGGUCAGAUGAUGAUGAUGACGAUGAAGACGAUGAAGAUGAAGAUGAAGAUGAUGAUGAUGAUGAUGAUGAUGAUGAUGAGGGUGGUGACGACGACGAUGAAGACGAUGAUGAUGAAGAGGGGGGUGAUGAAGAUGAUGAUCCUGAGGCUAAUGGUGAAGGGGGGAGUGAUGAUGACGACGAUGAUAACGAUGGUGAUGAUGAUGGUAACGAUGAUGACGACGAUGAAGAUGAUGACGAAGAUGAAGAUGAAGAGGAUGACGACGAUGAGGAAGAACAGCCACCUUCCAAGAAGAAGAAGUGAUUUGCUCUUUCAUGGAUUCACCUCAGCUUCUCCAUGCUGUUAGUUGUGUUGUUUAGAUCAUGGAACAGCUUUGGGACAAAUGUUGCUUGUCAUGGUAUUAUAGUGUAGGAAACCUUGACAUCUGAUGUUAAAUCGUUAUCCUACUUUCUCCUCUGCAUGUAGUCUUAAUUGUGUGUUUUAGAUUUUUACUUUAUUGGAGCUGUGAUUGUGUCAUGCCAUUCAGUUUUAUUCUGCUGAGGCCAGUGUCAUGCCAUUCAAUUUAUUUCUUUUACUGAGGCCUGAGCACUCAGGCCUGGAUUGUAUGUGAUGCUAUGUCUGUUACUGAGAAGGUUGAGCCAGGCCAGA